AUGGAACAGUGGUGUACAAGACUGAAUUCUUUGUUUCUCCUUAAAUGUCGUCUCUCAUUCUUUUCUUUUUCCGUCUCUCCUUAUCUGUCAUCGCUCAUUCGUUUUUUGUUUUGUUUUUCCUCUCUCCUUACCUGUCAUCGCUCAGUCAUUGUGAUGCUGGCGCAGCAAAAUCUUUUUAGCCUUAAUUUAUUUGCUCGCAAUUUCUUCUUUCGUCUUUUUUUUUUUUUAAGUUGCGGUUUUUUCCUCCUCAUUCUUUCCUCUCGUUUUUUAUUCCUCCUCAUUCUUUCCUCUCGUUUUUUUAUUCCUCCUCUUUCUUUCCUCUCGUUUUUUUAUUCCUCCUCUUUCUUUCCUCUCGUUUUUUUAUUCCUCCUCAUUCUUUCCUCUCGUUUUUUUAUUCCUCCUCAUUCUUUCCUCUCGUUUUUUAUUCCUCCUCAUUCUUUCCUCUCGUUUUUUUUAUUCCUCCCCAUUCUUUCCCCUCGUUUUUUAUUCCUCCUCAUUCUUUCCUCUCGUUUUUUUAUUCCUCCUCAUUCUUUCCUCUCGUUUUUUAUUCCUCAUUCUUUCCUCUCGUUUUUUUAUUCCUCCUCAUUCUUUCCUCUCGUUUUUUUAUUCCUCCUCAUUCUUUCCUCUCGUUUUUUUAUUCCUCCUCAUUCUUUCCUCUCGUUUUUUUAUUCCUCCUCAUUCUUUCCUCUCGUUUUUUUAUUCCUCCUCUUUCUUUCCUCUCGUUUUUUUAUUCCUCCCCAUUCUUUCCUCUCGUUUUUUAUUCCUCCUCAUUCUUUCCUCUCGUUUUUUCCUCCUCCUCAUUCUUUCCUCUCGUUUUUUUUAUUCCUCCUCAUUCUUUCCUCUCGUUUUUUUAUUCCUCCUCAUUCUUUCCUCUCGUUUUUUAUUCCUCCUCAUUCUUUCCUCUCGUUUUUUAUUCCUCCUCAUUCUUUCCUCUCGUUUUUUAUUCCUCCUCAUUCUUUCCUCUCGUUUUUUAUUCCUCCUCAUUCUUUCCUCUCGUUUUUUAUUCCUCCUCAUUUCUUUCCUCUCGUUUUUUUUAUUCCUCCCCAUUCUUUCCUCUCGUUUUUUUUUUAUUCCUCCUCAUUCUUUCCUCUCGUUUUUUAUUCCUCCUCAUUCUUUCCUCUCGUUUUUUUUAUUCCUCCUCAUUCUUUCCUCUCGUUUUUUUAUUCCUCCUCAUUCUUUCCUCUCGUUUUUUUAUUCCUCCUCAUUCUUUCCUCUCGUUUUUUUAUUCCUCCUCAUUCUUUCCUCUCGUUUUUUUUAUUCCUCCUCAUUCUUUCCUCUCGUUUUUUUAUUUCUCCUCAUUCUUUCCUCUCGUUUUCUUCACUCCAUCGUCUUUCUUUCCUUUCAUCUUUUUCCUCCAUCGUCUUUUCUUUUGUCUUUUUCUCCUUCUAUCAUCAUUCUUUCGUUUUUUUUUGUUUUUUUUUUUUCAUAGAUCUUCAUAAUUUCUUUUCGUCCCCCACCCCCGUCAUCUUUCUCUUCUUUCGUUUUCUUUCCUUUUGCCUUUUUCUGCUCUCUUUCUCUCUCCUACUCUUCGGUAGUUUUUCUCCAUCGUCUUUCGUUCCUUUCGUUUUUUUCUUCAACAUUCAGUUUUUUUUUCUUUUAGACUUUCCGUUAACCAUUCACCAACCUUUUCUUUCUUUCUUUCUUUCUUUUUUUUUUUUCUGUUUCUUUUUCUUUCUUUUUUUUACCUUUUCGUCCUUUUCUCUUUCUUUUCUCUUCUUCAAUUCUUUUACUUUUUUCUUUCUUUUCCUCCGUUUUUGCCGCUGCCACCUUAAAAGUCAAUUACAUUUCUGUCAAUCUAUUCAUGCCUUCAUUUACCUCACCUCAAGAUUUCCCUCUCUCGGUCUCUUCCCUCCCUCUCUCGGUCUCUUCCCUCCCUCUCUCGGUCUCUUCCCUCCCUCUCUCUUCCUCCUCUCUUCUCUUCCCUCCUCUCUCUCAGUCUUCCCCCUCCUCUCUCUCUCCCCUCCUCUCGGUCUCUUCCCUCCCUCUCUCUCAGUCUCUUCCUCCCUCUCUCCAUGUCUAUACAUAGGAUCAUUUGUCUCUUCCUACCUUAUCCAUCUUUUCUCUUCCACUCUCAGUUCUUUCUCUCCUCCUCCCUCGCUUUUCCUUCUCUCUCCUCCUCCUCCCUCGCUUUUCCUUCUCCCUCCUCCUCCCUCUUCUCUCUCUCCUCCUCCCUCUCGGUCUUCCCUUCUCUCUCUCUCCUCCUCCCCUCUCUCUCUCUCCUCCUCCCUCGCUUUUUCUUCUCUCUCUCUCCUCCUCCCUCGCUUUUUCUUUCUCUCUAAAUCCUUAUUUUUCUUCUCUCUCUCUCCUUCCCUCUUUUUCAAAUUCUUAUCCAUCCCCUCCUUUUCUUCUCUCUCUCUCCUCCCUCUUUCUCUCCUCCUCCCCCUCCUUUUCUUCUUUUCCUCCUUCUCUUUCUCCUCUCUCCUCCUCCUCCUUUUUUCUCUCUCUCUCUCCUCUCCUCCUCCCCCUCCUCCUUUUCUUCUCUCUCUCUCCUCCUCCUCCCCUUCUUUUCUCUCCUCCUCCCUCUCUCUCUCUCCUCCUCCCUCCUUUUCUUCUCUCUCUCCUCCUCCCCUCCUCCUCUCUCUCUCCUCCUCCCUCGCUUUUUCUUCUCUCUCUCUCCUCCUCCCUCGCUUUUUCUUCUCUCUCUCCUGCUUCUUUUCUCACUCUCUUCCUGGGUUUUGUUUCCCAAACACCUUCUUACUCAGCUUAGUCUUAUUUGCCAUAUGGUCAAAUGUAUGUAAAACCCAUCUGUCUAGUGAGUUGAACUUUGGCUAUUGUUAUCUCUUUUAUUCAUUUUUGAUCUCUCUCUCUCUCUCUCUCUCUCUCAUUAAUACUUUUUAUUCUUCUCUCCCUCCCUCUUUUAUUUGUCUCCUUCCUUUCCGCCCACUCUCUUCCUCCUUCCGUCUCUCCCUUCCCACUCAUAUAAGUGAAAUUAAAUGUAAGAAUCUAAUCACCACAACGAUUAUAUCACAUUCUCUGCCCUAA